AUGGCAUCUCAGGCUCCUGCAUCCACCAUCGUGGUGACCGGCAUCGCCAAGUUGACUGCCAAGAAGCAGAUCGACGACUUCUUCAGCUUCUGCGGCUCCAUCACAAAGCUCGAUCUGACCGACGAUGGCGCUAACCACCAGCAGGCCGUCAUCGAGUUCGCCAAGCCCAGUGCUGCUAGCACUGCCGUCAUGCUCCACGGUAGCACGCUUGAUGGCGCCAACCUCUCGGUCUCGCUGCCUGGGAGCGCCUCUGCUGCUGCCAGCAGCGGUGUCACCACCUUCAUCAGCUCCCAGGACAAUGACUCUCAGCCCGUGGGACAGGAGGACAAGCCAAAGACGGCCAUCGUCGCCGAAUACCUCGCUCACGGAUACACCAUCUCGGACGAGAUCACGAAGCGAGCCAUCGACCUGGACAACAAGCACGGCCUCUCGUCCAAGUUCAAGGGCUACCUCUCCCAGCUCGACCGAUCUCUGGGUCAGCAGCUCGAAAAGGCUGCUCCUUCGUCUACCACCAGCAGGACCGAGCACACGCCCAGCGGUCCUGCCGCUCUCGCAUCAGCCACCGAAAAGGAGGCUGCUGCUAUGCCUGUUCCCGGCGAGGAUGCUUCCGUCGACGGACCCAAGACCACCACCACGGUGCCCGGGCCCACUUCGGCCGCCGACCCCUCCUUCACUCGCAACAUUCAACAACGCGCCCAAGCUGUGCUCGACAAGCCCGAGGUCAAGUCCAAGACGGACCUCGUCUGGACCAAGCUGAGCGACUACUACAACGCGUUUGCCAACCACCCCAAGAUCCAGGACUACUACAGCAAGACGUCCAAGACGGUCACGGACGUGCACGAGGAAGCCAAGCGCAUCGCCGAGACCAAGAAGCAGGGUGGCGCCACCGGCGCUGCUGGCACCUCGGCUCCUGUACCUUCCACUGCCGCUAAGCAGAUGAGCGUCUCCUGGCUCGUGCUCGGUCUUGUGCUCUUCUCGUCCCUUUCGCUAACCGGCGUCGCUGCCCACCAGCACGACGCUGUCUCCAACGAGCCUGCUGAGGUGGCCGGCUUCCAAACGACCGACAUCGAACACGAGAGCUACAUCCAGCGUCACAUGCGCACGGAGCACCACAUCAACGCCUUCAACCUCGGCAGCGCCUUCGCGCUCCACGAUCUAGACCGCAACGGCGUGCUCGACCCUUCCGAGAUCGAGGCCAUCUACGGCGUUCACCAUUCGGAAUCCAAGAAGCACUCGACGACCGCCGAGGUGCACGACGAAAAAGCUGACAAGAUCGUUUCUGCCGUGCUGCGCGCCAUGGACAAGAAUGGCGACGGCGUCAUCACCAAGAAGGAGUUCAUCGAUGCCGGGCCCAACGGCCUGCCCGUCUUCUCCGAGUACAAGACUGGCAGUCUGGGCCACCACUACGACGAGGAGUCCGAGUUCUUCGUCCAUCACGAGGAGCUCUACCACAACACGCCCGAGACUCAGACCGACGACGCGUACAGCCACAAGGAGGACCUCGAGCACUUUGCGCACCACGAAAAGAUCGAGAAGGAGGAGGAGAAGCGCGAGCGCAAGGCCGAGGGCCUGCCUUCCAUGGAGGAGGAGGCGAAGCUGAGGAAGGAAGCUGCAGCUCGCGGUGAAAAGUACGUCUCGCCGUACGACGAGCAGCUGUCGGAGAAGGAGCAGAAGAAGGCGCAGCUGGAGCACGAUACUGCGCAGCUCGGCAACGCCGUCAACGAAGCAGAAGCUUCGCAGCACGUCUUCCGCACCCCGACGGGCAACCACGUCGUCAAGGAGGAGCAGAUGAUCUACCAGGAUGUUGAGGUGGACAACGCCGGUAAGCCCGCGCAUCCACCUGCUGCUGCGGAUGGAAAGAGCGACUCCAAGGCGGCCCAGCCUUCGCCAUCGGAGCGUCUGCCGCACGGCGUCGCCGACCGUGUUCCCGGCGAGACCGAUGAGGGCCGACGACAGCGUCUCGCAGCUGCUAAGAUCGAGGCUUCGCGAAGACCUUCCUACGGUCAAGGCGCGAAAGGCUUUGCUUACCCCAAGGACGACAGCGACCGCAUGCGCAAGGGUGCCCCUUACAAGUACCCUCCUCUGCAACAGUUCCGCGUCAAGAAGCAGUCGUACUUUGGCGAGUUCUGA